GUGAUUGGUUGGUUUAGUUCAAUUUUAAGGUUAAAUCACAAUUUUUGGACGCGUAAAUUUUAAAUAGUAGUAAAUUAUUGUGAAACUGAAAUCCAAGCCUUCGGAAAAUGAAACUCCUCACACACAAUAUGCUGACUUCGAAGUGUAUAAAAGGGGUCAGCGUAGGAUAUCCCUUAGCGAUUAAGGCAUCAGACGUGCGAAUAUGCGAAGUCGACUUCAAUCCCGAUUUCGUGUCACGGAUAAUUCCGAAAGUCGACUGGCCUGUUCUCUACAACGCGGCGGAGAGCAUCGGCCAAGUGGAAGACUUGCCCAAAGAACUAUCCGAGAACUACGAAAAUGAUCAUAAUUUCCUGAAAAAGGCGCAUCGGGUUUUGUUGGAAGUGGACGUGAUAGACGGCGAACUCGUUUGUCCCGAGAGCGGGAGAAAAUUCCCCAUUAGCAAUGGCAUUCCAAACAUGCUCCUGAAUGAGGACGAAAUCUAAAUUUGCCAAGUAUUAUUAUUUAUUAUUUUGUUUUUGCGAGGCAGGCAUGGAAUAAUGCGGAAACGUCAAACGCAAAGUCUAAUAUAAUGAGUUUAUUGAA